UAUGCAGCUCAUAAUAUGACACUUCAAGAGAUGUCGCUCUCUUGCCUCUCAGAGAGAAUUCUGACCUUUGGAACUUGGUCAAGACUUUGAAAUUAAUGCACAUAGAAUUGGAAUCACACAGAGAGCAAUGAAAUAGUGCUGAAGGUGUCGUAUUCCUAGAUUAUAGCCAUGCCCGUCAUGUUAUGGUCUUAAAAAUUGUGCAGUAUUUUCAUCAGAAACAUCUUGAACAUUUUCGAAGCAGUUGUGACUAGUUUUCUCGUACGGCCCAUCUCAAUCUUAUUACUUCUAAGCACAGAAUACUUUAAACUGCUGUCAUGUGGCAGCCCUGACGUUAGUAUUUUGUCUGUCAGUGCUGUGUAGACUGAUUCGCAGGAGCAUGCGCACAGUUAAGAUAGGCAAGAAAGGUAGUUGCAUUUGCGACGAAGCAAAGGGAAAACAUGUCCUCAGAUGAGUAGUUAUGACUUAAUGACAAAUAAGACACCAUGGCUUCAUCCAUUCAGGGUGAAAAUUCGUAAUCGUCAUGGUAAGAAAAGGCGGAACUGCCUUUUCUUACAGGCAAAUGAUACUUGUCAAGAGAUAGCGUUUCUUGAUUUGACGGAUAUAGAUGAAGUUGAACGUGACCACCUUCAACAAGUGCUGUGCACAAUUACACCAAACUUACAAUUACCAUGGGAGGUUCAAAAUGAGGAGCAUUGCUCAUCAGAAUUUGAACCAACUCCAUUUGCAGUGGCUCCCAUACCUCACCCAACAUUGCGGGGUGUCUUCCUCCCUCAACCAUUGUACACAACAGCCCCUGCAGCUGUGGCAGUGGGUCUAGUUCCUUCGACAGCUGCCGAACCUCCAAAUGGCCCUGCUGUUGGCCUUGUAUCUCCAAUAGAUUCUCUGGAGUGUAAUCCUGGACCCAUUGUCGCCUCCACAAGUCCUCCAGCUAGUAAUCAGGUUCAAGCAUCUGGAGGUGUUGCAGGAGAAACUGGAUACCCUUCCGAAAAUGCAUCGGUGCAGAUGCUAUCUGUGCCACCACCUGCAUCAUCAGUACCCCCAUCCACUCAACCCGUCAUGACGAGCAUGUACCAAGUGAUGGGCCACACGGGCAUGCCCCUCUCCAAUGUAUAUGUAGGCAACGUCACUGCAAAUGUGAAUGUUCAUAGUUUUGUUGGGCCUCCUCUAACACCGUAUUCUCCUCACAUUUCCCAACAAGUUUACCCAACCGGUGAAGUCUCAGUGCCUCACGAGACUUCAGGUUCCCCAAACGCAACUAGAAACGGCUUGGGUCCGAGACGGCCACGAAACAGCAAGCCUGGCAGCAAGAGGAUGGAGGGCCAGUUCGGACCCAGGACACCAGGCGUGGGACACGGUCAUGAAGUUCUUCCUGCCAUGGUGGAAUCACCCACAGGUCCACCUUUUGCCCAAAUGGUGAUGGUCCCUCCCAUGCAUCCUGCUUUUCAUAAUCCGCAUUUCUAUCAAUCUCCCACUCAGCCUCAUGGAACACCACAUAUGGCUCAACUCCCAUCGGCCCAGCAUGCCACCGGAGCCCCCUUCAUUGUGCCUUUGAUCCACCCUGUGUAUAAUGCUUUCCCUCCGCCUGCAGUGUAUCCUGCUAGCCCCAACAUGGUUCCUACACCUGUGGCUACUACGGAACAUUCUAGUGGAAUAACGUAUCAAGUUAAUGAAGGACCUACAGAGAGAAUGAUGCCCGAAGGCAGAGAAACCGAAGUUACUGUUCAUGAACAACAGAAUUUGUAUGAAAAUGAAAACCCUCAGUUAAAGAAUUCUAUUAACGGAGAAGAGAAAAUGUCCAGUUAUGUACAUCAGGACAGUGACACUGAAUCAUGUACUUUAGCAAGCACAGUUGUUGUAAAUAAUAGCAACAUGGCUACCAGUACUGUUGUAAAUGAGGAAUAUAAUAAAGAAAUUUCUAAUUCCAAUGAACUUCCCCUCAAAAUGGAUAAAGAUGUUGGUAAUGAGUUAGUUAGCGGAAACUGUUCUGGUCCAGAUAAAACGUUGCCUAUUGAAUGUAAUACAGAUAUUGACAUUUUGAAGGUUAUUCCAAAUGUAACCAAAAGCCCUGAUGUUGAAAUAAUGACCAGCGUGGUAGAAAAGCAAGAAAAUUCAGCGAGUGCCUUUCCUGUACCUCCGAAGAUUUCACCAGCUGAGAAGCCUCUUUGCGAUUUGAAACCUAAUGGAAUAUCGUCUGUUCCUAAACAAGCUUCUGAGAUUCCAAAUGCAACUCCCAAGGCCACUUCUAACAGUAGUCCAUUUACUCGGCCAACAGUUGCCGAAAACACUACUGUACAAACACCAGUUGCCAGUAAUCGAGAAAAAACUUGGGCUAGUCUGUUCGAUAAAAGCAGUGGGAGUGGUCUUCCAUCUGACGGUGCCAUGAUUAUUGCCACAGGCAUAGCACCUGGCACUGCAGCUUCAAAACCUUUGGCUGCUGUGCGACCUUUUCAAAAUGCUGUUACUGUGUCAGGAGCUGGUGACAUGACUCGUAAAACAUCAGAUGCUGCUUCUGUAACUGGAGAUGCAUCAAAGCACUUUCCUCAGCUCGGGCAGUCAGAUCUUCCUGCGCCAAGCAUGGCAAACGAUCCUCAUCUUUACAGAUUAGGAGAGUUCCUGUCAAAAUACCAGCUGGAUCACAAAGCUAUUAGCUUGCAGCCCCGUGGUUUGACCAAUAGAAGUAAUUGGUGUUAUAUUAAUUCAACAUUACAAGCAUUGCUUGCUUGUCCACCUUUUUAUAAUCUGAUGAAGUCUUUGUCUAUGCCACUACGAAGGAGUGGCAAAUCAUCCACUCCAAUAAUAGAUAGCAUGGUGGAAUUUGUGAAUGAAUUUAGUCCCCUUUCACCUGUGUCACGUGUCAAUCGCAAGGAGAAGGCUCAACGUAAAGAUGAUACCAUUGAAGUUCAGGUGGGGGCUGCUUUUGAGCCCAAUUACAUUUACAAAAUGUUGAGUAACAUUCAGAGUGACACAUUUAAAGUGGAGGGCAGGCAGGAGGAUGCUGAGGAGUUCUUUAGUUGCUUGCUUAAUGCUUUAAAUGAUGAAAUGCUGGAGCUUAUUAAAUUGGUCAAAGAUACAUCAGACAGUAAUAUCAGUAAUGGUGAUGUCUCAAAUGGAGAUGGUGCCAAUCAGAGCUAUGAAGAUGAUGAUGAUACAGAAUGGAAGGUAAUGGGAAAGAAAAACAAAGGUUCUGUAACUAGACGUGCUGAAUUUGAAAGGACACCUGUGUCCGAUAUAUUUCGCGGUCAAUUGAGGUCUCGUGUCCAACGUGCUGGUGAUUAUUCAGAUAAUGUGCAGCCUUUCUUCACAUUGCAGCUUGAUAUUGAGAAAGCCCAAUCAGUGAAAGAAGCCUUGGAUCUUCUUGUGGGUCGUGAUCAGUUGGAAGGAGUAACUUGUUCAAGGACAAACCAAGAAGUAGAAGCUUGGCAGCAAGUAACAUUAGAAGAACUUCCUCUAGUUUUGGUUUUGCAUCUUAAGUGGUUUAACUACAAAUUAGAUGGAUGUUCCAAAAUUGUGAAAACUGUGGAAUUUCCUGUUGACUUAAAAUUUGAAGGCAAAUUGAUGUCUUCUUCCAACAAAUAUAACUUAAAGCAAAAGCAAUACAAACUUUUUGCAGUUGUGUAUCACGAUGGGAAAGAAGCCACCAAAGGACAUUAUAUAACUGAUGUGUACCAUGUUGGUUAUGGUGGGUGGGUGAGAUAUGAUGAUAGCUCUGUAAAGGCUAUACAAGAGACUCACAUGUUGCAUCCUCGUGGAUCGAGAGUUCCAUAUCUGUUGUAUUAUCGUCGAUGUGACACUAUUGGAAGUGCAGCUGCUACCCCUGAUAAAAGCAGAUAAAUUGUGAAAAGGUGGACAUUAAUGGUGUAGUGAGGUACUUUUGUGAAGACUGAAUUUCAACUUUUUCUUCAAACAUAAUUGGAAUCACUGUUGGUAGUACACUUAGAUUAGUGAACGGACACAUCUGCUGUAAAUAGUGCCAUGAUGUCCACUGAAAUCCGUGAUUCUGCUGCUGAACACUUUACUUUCGUGGAUACAUUUCUUUAAUAGAUUUCAAUAGAUCAAGUUUCAUUGUGCGAUCUUGGUUGCAUUAUGAAGACAGUUUGUUUUAUGAUUUUGCCUGAAGGAGGAAAACACGAACAUGCCUCAAGAUCCCACUUUCUGGAAGACAAAUUUUAUAACAAUAUUAAUAUAGUUAUUAUUGCAGUAGUUACAGGUCAGUUGUGAGAUGAUUCAUUAAGUCAUCGGAUUCACUGAGAACAUGUAUUAUUGUCAAAUUUAUAUGUGUAUUUUGUAUUUGUUAUGGUGUUGCUGUAUAAAAAGUUAUUCAGAUGACAGUUUUUUCAACAAAUUCGAAAUUGUGUGUUUCAAUUAAUAAUGAAUGACCUUUUGUUAAAUGUGUUGUAACUUGUGCUGAAGCGAUUUUCAGAAUAUUAAUUACAUCAGUAAUUGAUAACUGGUAUUUCUCUUUGUUUAUAAUAUAACAGUGCUUGAACUUGUGCAUUAAGUGCCCUUCGGUUGUUCUCUUCAGAAAUAGUAAACUAGUCGACUUUCUUGGUUGAUGUUUUGAUUUUUUUAAUGCUAUAUUUUGUAAUAUUUUUGUGCUCAUUAAUAAAGUUUGUUGAAAAUGCCAUUCCUAGACAUAAUUGCUGGAAGUUUUUGUUAUGUUCAGUUGUCAAUAUAUUUGAUAGAAUUGUGGUGUUUUACAAAUUAAGAAGUGCACAAAUACUUUUCAAACAUUCAAAAGUUUCUUUUAUUCAUUCAACCAUUAACAAACUGAAGUGUUAUUCACUCAGAUUAUAAAAACAGUUUAAACAAUUGCCUUUCCUCAUUUUAAUAUUAGUGAAAUUUAAAAUAUUUUUUAUUGUCACAGCUACCAUGUUUACUGUGUGUUGUAGGGUCAUUUUCAAUUCAAAAUGAUUUCCUUGCUUGAUCUUAGUUCUUUAGGCAGAAGUUCCUUAAGGAUGGUCUGACAAUGUAAAGGCAGAAUCAUCUUGCUGUUGAUGAGUUCAAGAUGAGAAGUGCACUUAUCUUUCAGUGUGUAAAAAGUAUGUUUUAUUUCCUGAUGGAUAAAAUUUGUGUUUUUUGUCUUUGAUGGAUUAUUCCUAAAAUCUUUUACUUCCAGUAAAUGUACAGGUUGCGGUUAUAAACUUUGUUUCCUAAUUGGAGCACAGUGUAAAUGAAAUGAAUCACCUUGUUAAUGUUUGUGUGGUGUGUAGGCAACAUGAGCCUUGUAUGUUCUGUAUAAACUUGUUAAAAUGUAUUCACAAGCUGUUGGCCCAUAAAGAUGUUUAAUUGCUUAACAAACCUUUCAGUGGUUCUGCUUAUGGUCAUCUGGUAGAUAAAUAGAUUUUCAAUACCCUAUCCUUUUGUUUAACUUUUAAACUUUUGCAGAUCUUUAAGAACAAUAACUAUUAAGGUCUUGUUAUUUUUAAAAUAUUACAUUACAUGUAAAAGUAAAUAGUUUAUGGUACUUUUCUCUGUGUAUUUUAGAGUAAUUUAGAGUUUUGGCAGUGGAUCAGCCUCUUCCCUUUAUUUUAACAAGGCUUCAUAUUUCUGCAUCUGUGAUAUUAGCAAAGCAAAGUCAGGUUUUGACUCCUAAGAGUUUCUUGAAGUUGCAAUGUUCUAUGUUUCUAUUAGUGUUGUGGACAAAAGUUGAAUGAUUGUCAUUUAGUUUAACUUAGAAAUUAAAAUCAAGUGAAAGAACAUACUGUGUGAGGGAUUUGCAUGAGAUUUUGUUGUAUUUCUCCUAAGUCUCAAUAUCUGUGUAGCUAAAAGAAAGUGCAAAGUUGGUGGUUGUUUGUAUAAAGUGUAAAUAUUUUCACUGGCAUUUUCAUAUAAGUUCUGACUUUGACAUUAAGCUUGUUAUGAUUCUGAAUAUGCUGAUGAACUAGGCCUAAUACUUGUACAAAGAACUAACGUGUGAUGGAGUGUAAGUGAAAAACUUAGUGUUUUGUAUAUAAUGACUGUUACCUGGCUUUCUGUAGAGGAUUUGCUUUACACAGGAAAUUUCUUAAACAAAAUUGCUCCAAUGUAAAUACCUGUUAAUUUCAAGAGUGAUUGAAAUAAAUAAGGAACUAGUCUUCCAUUGUGUAGAGAAACCGAUGGUUCCCAUCAAUUGUUGAUAUGUGGAUUGUUGUUUGUAUUAACCAAUCACUAUUUCAGGCACAAAGACCAAAUGCUCAGUGAACUAGUCGUAAUGAGAAGCAGCAUUGUCAACAAGUAAAUAGGGAAAUGUCUUUGUCCCUGAAAUAAGGCACUCAUUUCUAUUUGUUCUUGUUUUAGUUUUGUAUAUUUUUUUAUCACAAUUCUAAUAAAACUAAUUUUGGCUGGGGAAGAUGUUUUUAGUGUGUAAAAUAAUAGAAGGAAAAGAAAGUUCAUCAUUUUCGUUAAGCUAUAGAUUUUUAUAUUUUCCAUCAAUUGGUAUAUACAGUCAAAGGUGUAUGGAGGAAUAGUAGAAAGCACAGUUUUGUGCCAGCAAAUAAUUGUUGGGGAUUAAACUGCUGUGAAAUGGUAGCACAUUAAGCACCUCACCAUGCUUCAAAUAUGUUAAACAUGGCUCAUGCUUAAAGUAACUUGUUUUGUUCUAAAUUAAAUGUAAUCCUAUACAAUAAUAGAAUGUAUUACUAAAAUAAGUUAAAAUGCUUUAAAAGAAAACCAGCAAAUAUGAGCAGGCAAACCACUAUCUUUUGUAUUAAGAUGUAUUCCAGAUUCACUUUUGAAGGCUCAGGGUAAAUGCAAAUGAAAACUUACGAAAUUCAUUCAGACUAUGGUUACUUAUUGUCAAAAUUUAUUACAAUAAUCUGUGCAAUCUAAACAGCACUUGUUCAACAAUUUAGUUAUACCACUAAUCCUUUUCUUUAGACUGAGAUAGAUUUCUGAACACCUGUAGUUUGAAGAAAAAUAUGAGACUUAAGUUUAUGUUGAAGUGCAUAGGUGUUGCCAUUGUAUUGAUGUCCUGACAUUCCUGAAAGACUAGCAAAUAAAGCAAGGGAUAUUUG